AUGUUAGAUGCCUGGUGGAAGAAGCAGGACAACCCUGCAGAUGCUCCUGAGAAGCUGAGAGACGCUCUGCAAGCGGUGGAUCGUGCUGACUUAGCAUCACAAGUACCAGGCACUGCAGGAGCCACUUUUGAUGUUGACCAGUGUGCGAGAGAACUGGCAGCUCAUUACCGAGAGACGAUGAAAGUGACGACGCAUCCUAAAGAGAAGCACAUGGCCAGAGAGAUGGAUGACAUGUACGUCAAUCUACAGCUAUUAGAAGAGACAAACAUACCAUCUCCUGUCUCCUCAUCAGAGACAGAGACGCAGGCAGAAACAGUCAGCCAAUCGGAGCAUUUGAAAGCAUCCAAAAGAGCUAUAGAUGUCAAUCGAAUGGGUAAGAAAUUCGACAUCAUCGACGCCAUAUUCUCUCAGAUACUCACAGACAGCAAACUGAAAAAGAGAGACUUAGAACAAUACAUCCAUGAUAACCCAGAGCGCGUAUUAAUUCUUUUAGAUGGCGCUGAUGAGAUUUCUUUACAAAGAGUAAAGGACGCACAGUGCAAGAACGGAUUUGACUUGAACGGUGUACUAUCGUUCAAAUCACUGAAGUCGUGCAAGUUCUUUAUGGAUGUGUAUGGUUGGCGAGGAGCCCUAAUGCUUAUUGGAUCCAUACUCUUACAUCUCGCGGUGUGCGGAGCCCUGCUUAGGACACAUCCGGUUACAAACCAACGCGAUGGGGACUAUGCGAUAGUCACCAACACUUCAUCAGAUGACAAGACGAUACGAGAUAAGUUUAGGAUUCUCUCUGUCUUGACGUCCAUGAAAAAUGCUGUCAAUAUUGAUCUGUUCGCCCUUUCCGGGUACUGGCUGGUCGUGUUGAUAUCAAUAUUUACCACAGUAGCAGCCACAGCAUGGUUUGUGUACUUCACAGCUCACACCAACCAAUACAAAGGUUUUUCCCUGUCCGAAGUCGUCGCUUUUGUCUCUGUGUUUGGUGUAGGGAAGAUCCUUGGAAAUUUAGCCGUGGCAUUCAUUGGCGGCUAUCAAUUCAUCGGAAUGAACCUAUUGAUGGGAUUAGCCGUGACUGUCAGUUCAGCCUGCUUCCUCACCGACCUACUGUUGGAAUCUUACUGGCCAAUCAUGGCGUACGUCUUUGUCUACGGCUUUUUCCAGUCUUUCAUUUACACUCUUUUAGAUGUCAUGACCAAGGAAACGGUUGGUGUGGAACGUUUAGGAAGCGCCCUCGGAUGGAUCGGAUUGAAAUGUGGCUUCGUCAGGGCACUCUUCCUCUUCUUGCCUGGAUUGAUCUACGACACACUUGGAAGUUACACGGUGGCUUUCAUCUUGAUGGCAUUUCUCAACGCGUUAGCUCUGCCUGUUCUGCUUGUGCUCAUGAAACUCCAAAGGUGCAAUUAA